AACUUGUUAAAUAUGUUUUUCUUCGAAGACCUCAAAGAAUCCGAAGACAACUCUCUCAAUAUCUCCGAUCCCAAUAUCGGCAACAUCCAAGACAUCCUCAAUUCCCAAAAGACACCUACCUCAAAAUCAGGGGAGAAAGACUAUCCAGAGCAUGCAAGCGAUAAUGACCCGAAGAGAGCUAUAGAGAGUGGUAAUAAACUAGAAGAAAGAAGAAAAAGAGACAGGAUUAGGAAACAGAUUUCAAGAGGACGGCAUAAAGCUUAUGUGGAACAACUUGAAAAUAAAAUAAAAGAACUUGAGAAAGAGAACUUUAGACUCCAGAAUUUGCUGGUUAAUUACAGGUCACAAGAUAUUGAUAAGGUCGAUAAUGAGGCGAAAUCAUAUAUACAAGAUUGCAAGGAGGAGAGGAGAGAGAUAAUUAAGCCAUUUAUUAACACUGAAACUGCCGAUCUUUCCAAAGAGACGAACGAAGAUCUGAGUAUACUCUUUAAUCGAAGACUCAACAAGAUGAUGAACAAGCACAAGAAGUUCCUCGAUAGAUCUUUUGAGAUGAUUAUAAAUAACCCGUAUCCAAUAACAAGAUAUAAAUAUUGGGGUGACUUCAAGCCAGAAUACAACACAGAUUUUGAAGUUAUAAAGAAGUUCCAUAAAUGAACAAAAUAUCAGAUAGAAGAUUUUAAAGAAAAGCACAAUUUUUCCUUAAUGGAUGAAUUCGUUGCCUCAUUUAUGCCAAACAAGAGGCAAUUUGACUUUAUCAAAAAUGUAGCGUUGAAAAGAGAAUAUCUUAUAAAGAAAGAUUAUGAAAAUGGAAUCAAACAUCUUCUCCAAGCUAAGGAAAUAUUCGAGAAAACGAACAUCCAAUUGCUCACCUUUGUCAGGUUUUUCCUUUCGUCAGGAUUUAUCUCCCACAAGCAGAUCCUUGGUUCAAGACUAAAAGAAGAUCUCUUAAGGUCUGAAGAGCCAUUUAACACCAUAUGGAAUGUACAAGUUGAACCAAAGAAAUAUUCCGUCAAUAUGAAGGAGGAUCCAAUCAUUGGAAAAUUAGCACAGAGAUGCGUAGAUAAGGAAAUCCACGAGUGUUCAUACGAAUAUAAUCAUUACUCCCUUCCUUCUUCAGUAUAAAUUAGUAAAAAUGAUGAAUAAGAGCUUUAGUCUCAUCCAUCUC